AUGAAAUGUCGACGGGGCAAACACUCGAGCAAAACCAGCCGUAAGCACGACCAGUUGCACCAGACACAUCGCCCAGAACCAUGUGCACUGAUCUCGAUACGUGGGAGGCACGCAUCCGUUGUACACACUGCAUUGGACGCAGCGCAAGAGGAUGUAACCCAACACAAUGACCGCUUUUCCCUUGUGCCGAAACUUUGCAGCAAUCGCGGCAUCGAAGCGCUUAACGAGUUGUACCAACGAAACGAUGGCCACACACGUCAUGCCCACGUCCAGCAGCGCCAGAACGACGCGGAUCGCGGCACCACUUGUCUUCACUCGGGAAGUUGUUGCGUCAUGGGCGGCGGCUGCCGUGACGAGAACAGGAUGGACGAGCGCAAACUGCAGCAUCACGCGACGGUGCGCCAUGUACGUGACCCGCGCUUGGCGCACUUGGUCGUAGUCUUGUGUGUCAUCGUCGCAGGGGGAGGCAAACGCUGGUGUCGGAGGAAUGACCUGCGCCUGAUGCUUGGCCAAGACGUCAAUCGCUCGCUCGGUGCCACCGACCUGCACAACCAUGAGGAAGAAUGCGGACGCGGCGAAAAGCGUGUCAAGAGUCGCGGCGGCCGCGUCCACUACAAUGUGGAGGACGGAAGGUUGCAAAGAUGA